AUGGACUGGCACUGUGCUGCCACCUUGAGCAGUGGUGCUUUCUUUGUCCUGAGAGCUGUUUCCAGGAUGCAACUGCGGCCAAGUCCCCGAAACAGCAGUAUCUUAGCAAUAUCUCCCGGUCUCCGGCAGUGGGCCCAGCAGAGUCGCCCCUCUAGCGUGGGCUUUAAGAGACUUCGGUCUUAUAUUGUGGAGGAGAUGGACACAGAAAUUGUGCUGAAUCAAGGGAGCAAGUUUCUUCCACAGUGUGCAACUCAAUUUGUGUUGGAGGCCGCAGUGGCAUCUGCCGGGGAUCUUGUUAGGAAUGCAGUAGCUCAUGCCCCACUGAGUCAGAUUCUGUGUUUUAUUUACUGUAAUAACCAGGUCCCUGGGGAAUUUACAGGAGACUCGCAAGACUUUAAUCUGGAGGAUGCGUUGAAAGAAACUUCUUCAGUAAAGCAGAGACGGGACCAUUUCACUACUACCACAACUAGAAGGCCAGUAACAACUAGACCACCAUCAAAUCCUAUGGAGCCAGAUGAAUUGAGCUUGUAUGAUGCCUUGGAUGAUCAAAAUGAUCUAGAUGGCAACAAAAAGCCAAAUGCAGGAGAUGGAGGAGGUUUUUCAAACAAGGAUCUUGAAGACAUCCUGGGAGGUGGGGGAUACAAACCUGACAAGAAUAAAGGUGGUGGUAGUGGUGGUUAUGGCAGCAAUGAUGACCCUGGAUCUGGCAUAUCAACAGAAACCGGCACCAUCGCAGGUGUGGCCAGUGCCCUGGCCAUGGCCCUUAUUGGAGCUGUAUCCAGCUACAUCUCCUACCAGCAGAAGAAGUUCUGCUUCAGCAUUCAGCAAGGCCUCAAUGCAGACUAUGUGAAGGGGGAGAACCUGGAAGCUGUUGUAUGUGAGGAACCUCAAGUGACAUACUCAAGACAAGAUGCACAGUCUGCAGAGCCUUCAGCACCUGAGCCGCCCCGGAUCUGAGGCCCUGGUCAGUGGCAGGUGCAUAUGAAGGGUGCCACUGCUUGUGACCCAGCUCCAGAUUUCAUUUGCCGACCCUUUCCCCAAGUUUCUUCCCAUGCCACGUGCUUCUUAUUUUAUUGGGUUUUUCUGGACAAGCCUUAGGUGUUCGUGAGUGUGCUUUCUGUGCCCUGUCCUGCAGAGUAUGGUGACUGCUCUGCCAUGGGCCUUCUUGAGACUUGGUGCUGAAACCUGGGACCCAGCUUGAGCAAAUCACUAGCACCAGUGUUGGAAGUUUCUGGGUCAUAGAGACAGCCUGCUCCAGUCUUAGCCUGGGCAAAAGGAGGAUGACCAAGAUGAAGGUGGACAAGAGGAUGGUGGGGGCAGUGCCGGAGUGGGUUGCUGUGGCACUGACCACUGAAAGCUUUGCGUAGCGUGCUCAACUAACAUCUGAUGCACAUGGAGUCCCUGCAAGAAGCAAAUCAGCCAACACCAAGCUGCAACAUGUGCGUGCGCACAUGUACACGCUCUUGCAUGCGCACGCACACACACACACAAACACACACACACGUAACACCUAGGCACUUAUAAUUUUUUGAAUGCUCUUUACAAGUUCAGGUUUUAUAUUACUCAGCUUCCAUAGAGCUUUUCAGGUGGAGGCUUUCCAGUUAUUUUAGUGCGAACAUGUGUCUCACAGUAGCUUUAACCUGAAUUUAGGAAUCUGGAGAAGGUGGGAGCUGUGACUUGCAGGUUUGAUUGCCAUGAGAUUCCAUAUGGAUCCCUAGCUGGCCUGGUGACAGGUCUUAGUAGUCACUUCUGCAUUGAAAAUGAAUUUUCUACCAGGUUGGGGUAGGUGCUUACUCCUACCUUGUACAUGAUCUUAUUUGACAACAAGAGAUACAGAUCCUGAGAAUGAAUUGGAAACCAAAAGCAUGCUUGUUGCUUUACUAGAAGGCGAUGGG